AGAUUACAAGGGCCCGUUUCUUCUAAUAGUAUAAAACGGUCAGAAUUUUCCACUUUGUUCUAUUCUCACUUUUUCACUUCCCGCUUUUAUCUCUAUGGCUGGGAGUGAGUGAGUGUGAUUACCGUACUAUAUACAGUGAGGUUAACUGUUUAUCUCUUUUCGACUCGUUCCAAUGGCGUAGCGGUUGAUGUGCAAUUUGGCUUGCGCUUUGUCAGGUUAAAAUGUUGCACACUGACUGGGUGGUGAAUUUCUGAAUCGGCAGGAGUUCUUUCCCUCUCUGUGUUGUCAGGAGAUUCAGAGAACUGCAGUGUAUUGGGUUUUGAUUUCAACUAACUGAUGGAGUGCAACAAGGAUGAAGCUGUGAGGGCUAAGCAGAUUGCUGAAAAUAAGAUGCAAGCUGGUGACUAUGAAGGGGGGCUGAAAUUUGCUUCAAAAGCCCAAAGGCUGUUUCCUGAUAUUCAAAACAUUGUUCAGAUCCUUGCAGUUUGUGAGGUCCACUGUGCUGCUCAGAAGAAACACUCUGGGUCUGACGUGGACUGGUAUGGAAUUCUCCAGACUCAACAAUCUGCCGAUGAAGCAACCAUUAAGAAACAGUAUAGAAAGCUUGCACUGCUACUUCAUCCUGAUAAAAAUAAAUCUGCUGGUGCAGAGGCUGCUUUCAAGUUGGUUGGUGAAGCUAACAGAGUGUUAAGCGAUCCAUCGAAGCGUACUCUGUAUGACUCAAAAUUUGGAGUUUCAGUGGGAAAUACAGAAGCUAAGGUCGCCCCUUGUCACCCAAAUGGAAAUGCAAGGAAUUAUCAGAACAUUUUUAAUUCACAGCCCCAGGCUUGGAAUUCAUAUCAUCAGUUUGAAAGUUCGACAUUUUGGACAUGUUGUUGUCAUUGUAAUAUUAGAUAUCAAUACUACAAAACUAUUUUAAAUCAGACCAUACGCUGUCAACACUGUUCUAAAUCCUUUACAGCUCAUGCUAUGGGGAACCACAAUGUGGCACCAACAUAUUGGCCACCUUUCAAUAAUCACCAAGGGUCUGCAAAACAUGCAUCGUCUAAAGAAGCAUCAAAAGGCAAUGGUGGAAAAUCUCGUGGUAGAGAAGAAGAGGGUGUGUCCAUGUCAAAAUGUGGUGCAGGAGUUGGUGCCUAUUCUAAAGUUGCAAAUGGCAGAAAUGGCCAUGUGGCUGCAGGAGUGACAAAGGCUGAUGUUAAAGUGUCCAAAGCCAAGGAAUCGCAAGCCUCAACGAAAGUUGGUUGUAAAAGAGCAAGGCAGUCAGCAUCAUAUGACAAUAACAAAGCUGGAGAUGGUAAAGGCAUGAAAGACACCAAGGAUCAAGAAAAUACGGUUGAUCCUUCUGGGAAAACUUCAAGGAAAAAACAGCAUGUUCUGUACCCAAAAACUGAUAAAGCUGGUGAUUUUGGAAGUUCAUCCAAAAGUACACAAAAUCAUGAAUCAUCUACCACCCCUAGAGUAGAGAAAAAAGAAGUGUCAGCAACUGGUGAUGGUGAUCAGAAUGGGGAGACAAGAAAUAAAGCAGGUGCACUACAUGAAGAAACAAUUUUAAGGAAUAGAGCCAAAGUUGAGCAGACUAAUGUGCAAGGAAAGGAGGUAUUGAACUCAGAUUUCAAUGAUAGAAAGUCUAAAGCUGUCUAUUGUUCUCCAUCGAAGUCAAAUUUAUCUCCCAAUUCAGAGAUUGUCUGUCCUGAUACAGAUUUCAGUGAUUUUGAGAGAGAUAAGGCAGAGGAUUGUUUUGCUGUUAAUCAAUUAUGGGCUAUUUUUGACAAUAAUGAUGGUAUGCCACGAUUCUAUGCUCUUGUGAAGAAAGUCUACUCCCCUUUCACGUUGCGGAUUACUUGGCUAGAAGCUGACUCAGAUGACCAAGGUGAGAUUGACUGGCAUAAAGCCGGUUUGCCUAUUGCUUGUGGUAAGUUCAGACUUGGUCAUUCUCAGAUUACUUCAGAUCGUUUUAUGUUCUCUCAUCAGAUGCAUUGCAUAAAAGGAAGUAGGACUACAUAUCUGAUAUACCCAAAGAAGGGAGAAACUUGGGCAAUUUUCAGACACUGGGAUCUUGGAUGGAGUUCAAAUCCAGAAAAGCAUUUUGAGUAUGAAUUUGAAUAUGUGGAAGUUCUAUCAGAUUUUGACGAAAAUUUAGGCAUUGAAGUUGCUUAUCUUGGGAAACUGACAGGGUUUGUUAGUCUCUUUCAACAUUCUGCAUUGGAUGGUAUUAGCUUAUUUUGUGUAUCACCUCGUGAGAUGUACAAGUUCUCUCAUCGGAUUCCUUCUUACAAGAUGACAGGCGCUGAAAGGAAAGGUGUUCCAAGUGGAUCUUUUGAACUUGAUCCUGCUGGUCUGCCUACUUGUCUUUUUGAAGUUGGUGAUACUGGUGUUGCGAAAGUGGAUGGAGUCAAUUGUUCCCACCAGGAGUAUGCAAACUCUAAAGUUGAACAGGCAACUUCUAAUGAUAGUAUUCACAAUUCAAAGUUGCAAGAGAGUAUUGACACCGAAAGAACAGCACAAAUUCUCAGAAGGUCUCCAAGGUCGAGCCAAAAAAGUAUGGACAAUGGCCAAGCAAGCACUGUUCAAUUCACGGUCAGAAAGGAUGACAUAAACAUUGACCACAGGGACUACAGUCCCCCAGAAGGAAGCGCUGCUUCGUCCCAUACUAAUGAGAGGAAGGUCAAGAAACCUCAGAAACACAAGAAAAAUAGUUAUGAUGGAGAGACAUUGAAUAAGUUGCAUAAAGAUCUAAGCAAGAAAAAUGUUCUAGGAGAUGCAUCUGAAAGGACAUGUAAGUUGACUGUUAAUCAUUCAAAAAACAGCAAUAAUGUGAAGAGUAGCAACACUCCUCAGUUUGGAGAAUCAUGUUACGACUUUAAGAAGGAAAAAUCUGAAAAGACGUUUCAGUGUGGACAGAUAUGGGCAAUAUAUUGUGAUAGGGAUUAUAUGCCCAAUACUUACGCUCAAAUUAAGAAGAUUGAAUUCACUCCUAAUUUUAGAUUGCAGGUUUCCAUGCUUGAACCGUGCUCACCGUCAGGUGACCUUAAAAGAACAAUAUCUUGUGGCACCUUCGAAGUUAAAAAAGGCAAAUUACAGAUUCUCUCUCCCUCUGCAUUCUCUCAUCAGUUAAAAGUUGAACCUUUGGUAAAUAAUAGAUAUGAAAUUUACCCUAGAAAAGGUGAGGUUUGGGCUCUUUACGGGGACCAGAACUAUGAGCUGACUUCUUCAAAGCAGGGCAAAGGUAAAUGUGAUAUAGUAGAAGUAUUAGCAGAUAGUGACAAGACUAUACAGGUUGUUGUUCUGACGCCACAUAGCAACUCCAAGACAAUUUUCAGAGCUCCUAGAAUUCAGAGAUCUAAAACUGGUGUAAUUGAAAUAUUAAGAGAAGAGGUUGGCAGAUUUUCACAUCAGAUUCCUGCUUUUCAGCACUGGGACAAUGUGAUUCUCAGAGGGUGUUGGGAGCUUGAUCCUUCUUCAGUUCCUGGUUCUUUCGUACCAAUAAACUGAAGUAUUUCUAUACCCUCUUGUCCACUUUGUUCGUGGUAGUGAAUCUAUGUUUUGUUAUAUAUUAUUUAACCAGCUAUACUGUGUAGCAGCCAUGUAUUGAAUUGUGUUGAAGGGAUCCUCGUUUCAUGUCUUUGAUGAGUUACAUUAGUUAAAGCAGCUGUUAACGCAUUCUGGCUA